AUGACUCCCCAGCUGUACAUAAACUACAAACUGAAGUCCGUCGACCACCUGCCCUGGCGCGCCCUCAUUUACAGGUCUCUGAACACUUUCGUGGAUGACGUCGCUUCUCUCCUAAUUGACAUGCCCUGGAUGCAUCGCCUUUCUUGCUUCAGAGACGCAGCAGCAGCUGCAGCAGCAGCUGCAGCAGCAGCAGCAGCAGCAGCAGCAGCAGCAGCAGCAGCAGCAGCAGCGGCGCUCGUGCUGCAGCGGGAAGAGAAUAUAAUAUUUAUUAUAUAUCUUUACCAAAGGUGGAUUUAUAGAGUUGACAAAAACAGAACUCCGGGGGGAGCUGCAGCAGCAGAGAGAGCAGCAGCAGCUCCUGCUGCUGUUGCGGAUGCAGCAGCAGCAGCACCUGGCGCAGCAGCAGCAGCAGCGAAAACUGACGCAGCAGAAGCAGCAGCUGCAAGUGAUGCAGCAGCAGCAACUGAAGCAGCAGCAGCAGCAGCAGCAGCAGCAGCAGAUGAAGAGGAGAAGUCGAAAAAAGACGAAAAGGAAAAAACCUGUGAAGAGACAGGAGGACUCCGAAGGAGAGUCCUAACAAGCAGCAGCAACUGA